CCUCGAGCAUGCAAUCGCAGUUAGAUGGAUCACUUGAUCCACCCUCUGCUUCUGGUUCUUCUUCUUCUGGAAUCCCUCGAUGAUGGAUCAGUACGCAUGGGAUGAUGUGGAAGAAGUCACACGAUCAGCUUCGAAGGAGUCGGAAACAGUAUAAUUAAUAUUUUGAUUUAUUUCUAUCAAUUUCAUUUUUUUGAUACACAUACUCUAUUAAUAAUUGCCUUCUUGGAAGUUUUAGUAUCAUACCAAAAAUAAAAAUUAUCAAACUUACGCUCAAUCAUACAGUAUCACCAACAUCCAUUUAUCAGGUGCAGCUACACUUUCAAGGAGAAGAAUCUACUUUCAUGCUGCAGCGACAUCACUUAAAUUGUUCAUGAUUGAAGCUGAAGCUACAUUUUCAUGGUGGAACUAAUUAUCGAAGCGAAUAUGAGAAGUUGAUGAGUUGCUUACGACCCGCCAGGAGAGAAAU